CCGGUUAUGACGCCGCAAAAUGGCGGAGCGUGCGUUUAGCUAACACGUUAGCGCGGCGCCCAAAACACAGAGCAAACAUUGUCUUGUAUUUUUAUUGAAAAGGAAAAGGAGGAGGAACUUUCUGGAAUAGAGGGCUGUGCACCCUCUAAUUAUUGUAUAGAGAAAGGGCGAAAGAAAGCGUGAAACCAUGGGGAGACGCUCAACUUCCUCCACCAAGAGUGGGAAGUUCAUGAAUCCCACCGACCAAGCCAGGAAGGAGGCUCGAAAGCGGGAACUUAAAAAGAAUAAGAAGCAGCGCAUGAUGGUGAGGGCGGCUGUGUUAAAGAUGAAGGACCCCAGGCAGAUCAUCCGAGACAUGGAGAAGCUGGAUGAGAUGGAGUUUAACCCAGUGCAGAUGCCCCAGCUGAACGAGAAGGUGCUCAGGGACAAGAGGAAGAAACUGCGGGAGACAUUCGAGCGCAUCGUCCGCCUGUACGAGAGGGAGAAUCCCGAGACCUACAAGGAGCUGCGUAAGCUGGAGAUUGAGUACGAGACCAAGCGGGGACAGCUGUCGCUCUACUUCGACUCCGUCAAGAAUGCGGAACUGGUGGAGGUGGACAGCAUCCCCUUGCCAGAAAUGCCGCACGCUCCCUCCAGCAUCCUGAUCCAGGAUAUCCCCCUUCCCGGGGCACAGCCCCCAUCCAUCCUGAAGAAGGGCUCCUCGUUUGGUAAGGGACCGUAUGUGUCUACAUCUGCCCCCACGGUGGCCUCGCUGGCAGGGGUCCCCCGACUCCCCCCAGGCAGGAAACCCCCAGGCCCACCCCCUGGGCCGCCUCCCCCCCAGGUGCUCCUGUUGUACUCUCGCAGAAGGCAGCACUUCAGGAGGGAUGUGGAGUACGGUGCAGACACAGAUAUAGCUGACCCCCUCUCGGACAGCGAGGGGGCGAUGGAUGCCUCACACAUGGGGGGGAGGGACAGCGGGAGCGAGAGCGGCGGCGACGGGGACAUCGGCGAUGACAGCGACUCGGACGACGGCGGCGAUGGGGAUGACGGGGGCGAGGAGGAGAGGAGGCUCAUGUCCCUGAUGAUGGGGGAGCGACUGGAGAUGGAGAGGGAGCGUGGGGAUGAGAGGGAGACGUCCUCCGAGAAGCCUACGGGACGCAGCGUGAGGUUCGCCGACAUGCCGCCACCUGCUUCCAAAGACAGGAGGAGGAAGAAGACUGUGAAGAAGAGCAAAACCAUCACCCCUCUGCAGGCCAUGAUGCUUCGGAUGGCGGGUCAGUCCGUUCCCGAUGAAGAGGAGGAAGACGAGGACGAAGAUGACGAGGGAUAUACUGACCCGUCAGAUGAAUCGGAUACCGACGAAAGGCCAGUGUCCGACAGCCAGUCUGUGGCCUCCGUCGGCACGCCUCAAGUCCCUCCGCCGUCCGCACCAGUCGGCGCGCAGCAGCCUGUCCCCCACAUGCAGGGUCCACCUAUCACAGGUCCUCCUCCACUGGGUCCACCACCUGUUCCACCAAUGAGACCACCUGGCCCACCCACAGGCCUGCCCCCAGGACCCCCUCCAGGUGCCCCACCUUUCCUGAGGCCACCAGGAAUGCCGGGUACAAUCAGGGGGCCCAUGCCUCGAGUGCUACCCCCCGGACCCCCACCAGGCCGGCCACCCGGCCCCCCACCUGGUCCCCCUCCCGGCUUACCUCCUGGCCCCCCACCCAGAGGACCGCCUCCCCGACUGCCUCCCCCAGCCCCCCCAGGAAUUCCUCCCCCGCCACCCCGGACGGGUCCCCCGAGACCCAUGGCCCCUCCCCUCUCACUCUUCCCUCCACCACUCAACCCGAACGUGCUGAGUGCCCCCCCCAGCAUCGUCCACCGGCAGAAACCCACCGGGAACCCCGAGAGCUCCCUGGCCACCCCCAGCAACCCCUCUAUGCCCCCGCCCCCCUCUAUGCCCCUCACCCUCCGCCCGGGGGUAAUGCAGUUGCCCCCUCCUCCGGGAACCGGUGCCCCACCCUCGGGCGCCAACCCGGCCGGUCACCAUCACGCGCCAACCAUCGAGAAGCGGGCUAACAUCACGUCACUGUCUGCCGCCGGGGGCCCUGCGGGCCUGGGCGGGGGGCCGGCCACAGGGGGCGCCACCAUCUCGGCCAAGCCGCAGAUCAUCAACCCCAAGGCAGAGGUUACGCGCUUCGUGCCCACGGCGCUGAGGGUGCGACGUGAGAGGGGCGGGGCCAUGGGCGUGGACAAAGGCGGCAGGAAGUCCGGGGAGGACGGGCUGAGCGGCCAAAAGCAGCAGCAGCUCCUGGGGGUGUCCACAGGCUCCGGGAACCCCGGGCAGGUGGGCUCUCUGGCUGGGGCCGGGUCGGUGUCUCAGGCCAGUAUGCAGACCAAGGACCAGGUGUACGAGGCCUUCAUGAGGGAGAUGGAGGGCCUUCUCUGAGCCACACGGACACCUCAGCCGUGAGGGGACGUGCAUGACAGGGACAGCAUGAGAGUGGAAGGGGGGGGUCUUUCUGAGAAACUCACUCCCUGAAGGACUUGGCGACCUGCAGGCCGUAGAUCUCCUAUGUUUAAUCUUAGUUCAUUUCGCUUUCCCCGUAUAGACCCCCGGUUUGAAUGGGGGUCACCUCAUCUGCAGGAUAGCGGCAUCAACACACAGCAAUGCUAAUUUGCAGAACUGAGCUACUUGUUCCUUGAAGGGGCACCCAGUGGUAAUACUGGAGGUUUGGGAGUGAGAGUUGUGGCCUGGGGGGGGGGUUGUUUUUAUAUGUUUAUCUUCACAUAGUAAUGUGGCAGUAAAUAUGAUUGGUUAUGGGACAGGAAGGGGUUGUAAGUCAGCUGUGUUAAUAGAAAAAUUACAUUCAAAAGGCUUACAGAAACAUUGCUGUGUUGAAAUAUCAAAUGAGAAAUAAACACUUUAAAUGCG